CAUCAGCCAAUUUCAAUAGCAAUCAGUGGACAAGUUUAUUUGCGGAAAAGUGUUAAAUGCGUGAAAAAACAAGUAUAAAUCUUUAUAAAAGUCACGGAAUUAAUUCGGCUAAUACCAAAAGGAUAGGUGCAUAGCUACAUACAUACAUACACAUCUGCUAUCUUAUGGAUCGAUAUUCGGUGUAAGAAGAAUAAGAACAAGCAUCUACCCUUAUUUUCCCUGGAUUUUUUCAUCAACUUACCAGUCUGGUUGGAGACUUUCGCAAGCAAAAGCAGAUUUAGUCGAUAAUUGUGUGUUAUUCGUGCUGUGCAGGUGUAUCCUAAGAAAAUGUCCUAUCGUCUGAAAGCAACGAAAUGUCCAACGGACGAAUUGUCGGUGACCAACAAGGCCAUCGUGAAUAUCAACGAUUUUCCAGAAGAUGUUAAGUAUGCCGACAUAUCACCUGGCCCCGGUCAACAUUAUAUAUUUGCAUUGGCACACACCAACGAAGUAGCGAGGGGUCAUGUAGGCUUUUCGUUGGUGCAACGAAAAUGGGCAACCCUUUCCAUUAAUCAGGAUAUUGAUGUGAGACCAUAUCGUUUCGAUGCCAACUCCGAUGUCAUAACUCUUGUAUCAUUCGAGACAGACUUCUUACAAAAGAAAAUUACAUCACAGGAGCCCUAUGAUUCUGACCAGAUGGCAAAGGAGUUUUUAAUGCAGUUUGCUGGCAUGCCUUUGACUGUUGGGCAGACUUUGGUAUUUGAUUUUCAAGGCAAAAAACUACUAGGGCUUGCAGUAAAAACUUUGGAAGCUGUAGAUCCAAAGUCACUUGGCGAGGGCAAGGAAACGACUUCAAAGAAUGUUCGCUUUGGUCGUAUACUUGGCAAUACAAUUGUACAAUUUGAGAAAGCUGAGAAUUCUUCGCUGAAUUUACAAGGCAAGUCCAAAGGAAAAAUAGUACGCCAGAGUAUCAUCAAUCCAGAUUGGGAUUUCGGCAAGAUGGGUAUUGGUGGCUUGGAUAAAGAAUUCAAUGCCAUCUUUCGUCGUGCUUUUGCAUCGCGUGUCUUCCCCCCUGAGCUUGUGGAGCAGCUGGGCUGCAAACACGUCAAAGGUAUAUUGCUGUAUGGCCCACCCGGUACUGGUAAAACGCUGAUGGCACGUCAAAUUGGGACUAUGUUGAAUGCGCGCGAACCAAAAAUUGUCAAUGGUCCACAAAUUUUGGACAAAUAUGUAGGCGAAUCGGAAGCAAAUAUACGACGACUCUUUGCUGAGGCUGAGGAGGAAGAGAAAAGGCUCGGCCCCAACAGCGGUUUGCAUAUCAUAAUUUUCGAUGAAAUCGAUGCUAUCUGCAAAGCGCGUGGUUCGGUCGCUGGCAAUAGUGGCGUGCACGACACAGUGGUUAAUCAAUUGCUAGCCAAAAUCGAUGGCGUAGAACAGCUAAACAAUAUAUUGGUUAUUGGUAUGACCAACAGACGUGACAUGAUUGACGAAGCUUUGAUGCGACCCGGUCGCUUGGAAGUGCAAAUGGAGAUCAGCCUGCCGAACGAAGAGGGUCGCGUGCAAAUUCUGAACAUACACACAAAGCGUAUGCGCGAAUUCAACAAGAUUGCUCCCGACGUCGAUUCCAAGGAGAUUGCUGCAUUAACAAAGAACUUUAGUGGCGCUGAGUUGGAGGGUUUGGUGCGUGCGGCACAAUCCACCGCUAUGAAUCGAUUAAUCAAAGCUGAUGCCAAGGUACAUGUGGAUCCACAAGCAAUGGAGAAACUUAAAGUAACACGAACUGACUUCCUGCACGCGUUGGAGAAUGAUAUUAAACCGGCUUUUGGCACGGCACAAGAAAUUUUGGAUAAUAUGCUUUCACGUGGUAUCACCAAUUGGGGCCAGCCUGUGGCCAGUGUACUUGAGGACGGUAUGCUGUAUGUGCAGCAGGCAAAGGCCACCGAAAGCUCUGGCUUGGUGUCAGUGCUCAUUGAGGGCGCACCCAAUUCUGGCAAAACAGCGCUGGCUGCUAAAUUGGCCAAAAUGUCGGAUUUCCCGUUUGUUAAAGUGUGCUCACCAGAGGAUAUGGUCGGCUAUACCGAAUCAGCUAAAUGCUUGCACAUUCGAAAGAUUUUCGAUGAUGCUUACCGCUCUACGUUGAGUUGCAUUGUAGUAGACAAUGUAGAACGUUUGUUGGAUUAUGGUUCAAUUGGACCACGUUAUUCGAAUCUGACAUUGCAAGCAUUGUUGGUUUUGCUCAAGAAACAGCCACCAAAGGGACGCAAAUUGCUCAUUUUGGUCACUUCAAGUAGACGGGCUGUGCUCGAGGAAAUGGAAAUGUUGACCGCCUUCACAUCCAGCUUACACGUACCAAAUCUAUCAAGUGCCGAACACGUUGUAGCCGUGCUUGAGCAUGCAGAGAUUUUCAGCAAGGGUGAAUUACAGGCUAUUGGCAAAAAGAUGGCGGGCAAGAGGAUAUUCAUUGGAAUUAAAACAUUGCUCGGUCUCAUUGAUAUGGCGCGGCAAACUGAGCCCCAGCAUCGAGCUAUUAAAUUCCUCUCCAAAAUGGAGGAAGAAAAUUUCUUGGGAAUGAGUAGCAAAGAACAGUAACUAUAUCGUAGAGAAUUAAAUUUUUCGAUAGUGGAGCUUAAAGACGUUUUCUGAAUAUAAAGAAAAGAAAUUGUGUUAAAGUAAUAAAUUAACAAAAAUACAUAUAUGCAUACAUACAUACAAGUGGAAAGCUAAGUACAUAAAAUGAUCAAAAAAAUUAAUGAAAAACAAAAUAUUUUAUUCUAUUACGUAAUAAUGCUAAUCAUUUAAAAAGAAUAUGCAUGUGCACAUGCAGCGAUAUAUAUAAAUGCAUACAUUUGGUGGAGCAACAUUAAUUACUUUGAAAGAAGGCAAUGUUUAGCCCAUAUUGUAAGCAGUGUUGGUGGACGGUUUUUAAGCUAGCCAUUAAAUAGUGAGAAAACAAACUCACUGUUCCUUUACUCGUUCGGUGUACUGUAUUUAGUCAGAAGUCGUUCCCGUACACACAUUUACAAUAUCUUCCGGACUAAAUCGAGUAAAGAAACGUACUAAAAUAGUGAUUUGAUAGAAGAGCAUCAAUUACAUAUAUACACGAGAAUUUUACUAAGGUACAUACAUACAGAGUGAACGAAAUAAGAAUUAGCAACAUUUUGUAGGCUUUAAAAUGGAAUUAAAACGUAAUAAAGGUAUUAAAUGCGAAUUUUUGACCAAAAAAGUUACUGAGUGAUAUGUGAUUGAGUGGUAUGAAGUUUAUGAGUACCUAUUUCCCAAAAGCUGUAGUUACGGAAAUUGUGUUAUAUUAUAAGUAAUGCUAGACAUUCGUGUUUCAACAUCGUUCUUAACACUAACACCUCUAAGACCUGAUAGCCUCGCUUCGCUUCCUUAAACCGUCCUACAUACGGGCUUUCGUUUUUAAUAUUUAUUUCAUAACCAAAUUUAUGUAGUGCAUUUGUACAAAGAUGCAUACUUGUAUUUGCAAUAGUAUCAUAUACAUAUAACACAUUCGUCUUAAAUCCCCACAUUCCAAAAAAUGUUAAGUAAAUUUUUGAAUUACAUAGUAAAGAAAAGCAGUGUCGUCAAAUCUUUUUAAAUAUGCAGAUUCAACAUUCACAUGAAAUCUAUGUAUUCACACUUCCGAAAGAAGAUUUCACACAAGCUCUUAAAUAAAAGAAAAAAUCGAAAGUGUUGCGC